AUGUCAACCACUGAUGAUGGGUUCCGAGGAGAUGUUUACCCAGAAGACAUACACGAGGAGACAGCCCAUCAGAGUUGCUACCUCUACCUCCCUCGGACGGCAGACGGUGGCCAACGCCCAUCAAAGAGGCGGAAAACUGCGCAUAUAGCUACAGACUCCGAGGCUCAUGCGGAAAUCUUCCCUGCUCUUCUAAGUGGGCAGGAGAAUGUGCAACAUGCCAAACGCCGUCGGAUUACCUUUCAGAAAUGCUGGGCAGAGCAAAAGAGCCGAGUUGCUCACUUACUCGAACCAGCAGACAAUGCCUUCUUGGGCGAAGUCGUCCAGUUCGUGAAGGAGGCACCCACAUUGCCCGAUCGAGGGAGACUCCGGACAGGCCUCAUAUUGUGCGGACCUAAGGCAGGGUCCCAGACAAGCCUGCUAGAACGAUGGAAUUCAACAUAUUCGCAGUCUUCUUCUGCGAUUGUAGUUAGCCUCAAUCCAACCCAGGCUGCCAACUUGAUCACAGCACUCAAAAACCUUAUCCGUGCAGCUAUUACCCAGGUGGAUGGUCUGGAUGGCUAUCAGACAUUUUUGAAUGAACGCAAGCGCAGAAUACCCAUGAAUUACGAUCUUGAGCUGUUACAGGAAUUUGUGGCCUCAAGAAGCGUGCAGAGGUGCGUCUUGUACUUGACAGAUAUCGAGGCGUUCGAUAUGCUUCUGCUCACGGAUCUGAUCUCGGUGGUAAGUGCUUGGAAAGAUCGUAUCCCAUUCGUCUUGCUGCUCGGCCUGUCUACUACUGUGGACCUGUUUGAGGCGCGCCUUUCCAGAUCCACCAUUCGUCUCCUUGAUUGCAGACUAUUUGAUGCAUCAGUCAGAGCCGAUCCAUGCGCCGAGAUAUAUCAAAGUCUUAAUGCCAUGUCCAAUGUGUCCGGUAUCUCACUCGGACCUGACGUUAGCAGCAUUUUAUUCGAAAUGUCGAGAGAACAAGACGCGGGCGUUGCCAGCUUCGAUCGAGCCAUCAAACACACAAUCAUGUCUCACUUUUUCGCCAACGCGCUCUCGAUAUUGCUGGAGCCAGAUACUGAGGACCUCAAUGCCCAUCCAGAACUCUGCGAAGCCAUCCGCUGCACUGACUCUUUCCGAGCACAUGCGGAAGAGAUACUCGACAAGGGCGAUCUAAAGACUGUCAGAGGUUUGCUUAACGACGAUAGACUUCUACUUGGGGCUGCCCGAGAAGCCGUCCGAAAUGGAAGAGAGACGAUGUCCAGGCACCACGCAGCACUCGAGCUGUUUGAGGCGGUAUCUAAAGUGGUCAAGCCGUCAGAGACACCACAAGAUUCCUUCUUUAUCCAAGUUCAAGCUUUAUCUGGAUCCUCAUUUCUUGACUCUCCUCUAUAUACAGACCUCAUUUCAAAAAUCACAAUUCUACCCUCCAAUGACAUGCGCAAGAUGCUCGACGCAAUCCAGCAACAACACAGCUCUCCCGGACUCGACGCCACCAUCCUCCUAGAAAGGCUCGACCACGUAAUUCCACCAGACUCCACCAAAGGCCCCCUUCGUACCGCCUACGACCCAAGGCACACCACAACCAGCACCACCGUAACCAACAACAAAGUCUCCCUGUCCAAACACGGUCCCAAACUCUCAGCCAAGGAAACCGAAUACACCCGCCUCGUCGACCAAAUCACCAACACCCUAACCUCCUACUUCGAGACCCACAUUGUAAACCCCGUCACCCUCUUCAUGCACGAGGCUUUUGUCUACAAUCUCAAAUCCCCACUAGCUACCGUCUUCACACCGCGUCCGCGCUAUGCUGCAGAGCGUGCGCUCUCGAUGCCGUAUGACUAUCUGGGCUGCGAAUGCUGCGAGGGAGAUGCCUCGACGAGGGGUGGUGGGCGGGGUCAGAUCCUAGCCACGCAGCCACCGACCAGUAUCCUGUGGCAGCUGUGGUGUGAGGCUGGCGGGAUCGUGAAUGUGAGGGAUUUGUGGGAGGCGUUUAGGGCUAUUGUUAUCGAUCGUAAAGAGAGGGAAGAUGGUGGGAAGGAGGAGGAGGAAGAAAGAGAGGAGGAAAUCCAGGGCAACAAUGGUGAGAAGGAUGUAGCGGAGGAGACUGGGGUGGUAGAUGAGAGAAUGGCCCUGGCGCUCUUUUAUCGCGGUCUGGCUGAGCUGAGGAUGAUGGGCUUUGUGAAGCCGACGAAGAGAAAAGCGGAUUGCUUGGCUAAGACGGCUUGGAGGGGGUUGUGA